UGUUAGCUUUUAAUAUUAAAAUGUAACGAUUGUCUUUUCUUAUUCUUCGGUCAGAUCUUUUAUUUAUUAGAUCUACAUGUAUUUUUUAUCACCUUAAUGUCAUACUAUCUACUAACUAAAGUAUUUUAGUUAAUUACAAAGUUAGAGAAGUAGCAGCUGUUGUGUUUUAACAAGUGAAGCGAUUAUGAGAUCCAUAUGUCCUGCAUAGAAUCAUGAAGGAAAAAUGGAUCCAACACUGUAUAGAGCGAUGGACAACUGAAUGGGGUAUUUUCAUACUAUUAUUAAUAGUUCUAGGGUUUAACUGUGAAAAGUCAAUUACUUUGACAAGAGUGAAUCUUUACGACGUCAAUCAAACACUUUUGGACAAUGAACAUUAUUUUGUUUUUCAAAUUCGUGUAAAUGUCACAGAAGACAUUACCUCUUUAAGUGAAAUACGUUUUGAAAUAAAAUCAAAGAGCUACCUCGACUUUAAAGUGAUAUGCUACAUCCUCGUUGAAGCUUGUCAGCGCAAAAUUGAUGAAACUUGCCGUUGUCAAUACAAUAACAAAGAUAAUAUAUAUUUGGUCACUAUUAACAUAACAGCUAAAGUAGCAUUUAGUUCAGGAACUGUGCGAGGAGUGCUGAUUUUUAAAAAAUACCCCGUCUAUAGCAACGAGCUAGGACUGCCAAUGAUCUUCGAGAAUCCAGAGACGGUUUGUCUUUUUAUAAAUGACACAAAAAUAGCGAACCUGGAGGAAUGCAAUGUGACGACAGACAAAGACUUUGCCGUGAUUAUUUUCUUCUGUUCCUCGGCAUCAUCUUAUAAAUUGGAGAUUGAAGACGGUUCCAAGAUAAUUUCCAACACUUCUAACGUUCUGGUACACACAGUGAACACGACAACUCAAAAAGAUAUAAGACUUUACCAGAGAGACCUAAAAUCAAACGUAGUGCUUAGACAUUAUCAAUGUCGCCUCCAAUGUCGCCUCCAAGCAGAAAGCUCAAUACAGGACUGUCGACAGCUUAAUGAAAACUGUUAUGCGGAACAAGUUGCACUUGGAUGUAUAUCUUUAGUUACUGUAGUCCUGAUAGUGUUUAACUGUUACUCAAGACAUCUAAUGAAAAAACGCUGUAGAACAAAAAAAAGUUACUCAAGAGGAAAUCAAGAGAAAAAUGGCUGUAGUCCAGAAGAACGGCUACCGGCUGGAGUAGAUCUAAACUUACGAUUUAUUAAUGAGAAUGUUGAAGAGGAGUAAAGUGAUACAGACUAGUUCCAGCUUGCUUGAUAUGAAACUAUAAACUUAAUCCUGGACAUUAUGGUAGCCAUUGCAAACGAUACUAUCUACAAUGUUGUUAUUUGAAACGUUUAUUUUGAAGAUUAAUAUUUGAUUUCGCUAAAACUUUGUUGAACAUUUGAAACAAAUGCAAUAGUUUUGAUUUGUUUGAUGUGCAACGUGGUGGUUCCCACUCUUAAUGUUCUUGUUGCUUUGUAUCACAACAAAUGUUGUUUUUUAAUAGCUGUUUAACCCUAAGAAUUUCUCGACCAUUUUUACCAAAUGUUAUUUUUUUAUAAUUAAUUAAAUUCAAAUGUUUUCUUUUUUUAAAUUUUGUUCUAUAAACCUUAUUGGUGUUUACAUAAUUAAUAUAAUUGGGUCCAAAAUGUGUUUAUUAUUUUGGCAUUCGGCAUUUUUUUUCAUGCCAUAAUUUCUUAUGUGGUCUCCUGUAAGGCAUGUCAUUACGACUACUAGCUUUACCUAUUAGCUACGCCCAUUGGUUAGUUUUCCCGAUUUAUUAAAAUAUUCUCUUGUUUAAAAAUUCCAAGAUGUUCCCAGACCAACCGUUUUCAAUAAUGGGAGUUUAAUCCGUCUCUCCUCUUUUGCAUGCACUCUCAAAGAGACAACAAAGGUUGUUCUAAUUAAUUAUUGCUAUUAUGUCUACAUUUCUCCAUAUAUAUACUCUUGAAUAUUAUUAACGUUAAACCCCAUCUACCUUUUUGUCGAAGUAGUGGAAAGGUUAAACUUUUGUUUUCAUUAAUUCUUGUGUUGUCAGGUAAAAGAAAUAAUUGUGUACAUUUUCAACUUCAUCACAGAUUGAUUGUCUGGGAAAUAACGUGUACCAACUUUUAAGUAGACAGACAUAGUUAGUUGAUAUAAGCUUUGUAAAGGAAAAAAAUCAUGUUGUAGUAAUUGAAAAUGAAUUAAAUGAUACAUCAUAGCCAACUAAAAGAUACUUGUUUAGCCUCUCUACUGCCGCUACAUGUAGCAAGAAUUUUUUUUAUUGUAAAUAAGUUCCGAAAACAUCGACAUAACAUUUUCUGUUAAAAGCAAGAUAAAAGUUACAAAACACCUUUAAAAAAAUGCAUUAAUCCCUUUCACAACACAUAGAGCGAAUAUUAAUCUAGUAAUUACUAAAGAAUUUUGGACUUAAAACAAAAAGACAAUAUUUUAAUCCGGCCCCAUCCCACUUCGCUAGAGAAAAAAAUCCUUUGGUAAGUGUAUAUAUAAAUCAACUAGACUAUAACAUUCUAAUGAUAGCAGUUUAAAAUAAGAUGCGCACAAUUUACCAUAAAAAAUAAAUUUAUGAAACUUUUGAAAAAAUAAUACAUUUGUAAAUACCCGAAGAGUUAUAGUCCGUUUAAGGUACAUAUUUUCUAAUUAUCUGGCCAAUUAUGAUAUUUCUUUUAAUAUGAAUAUUAUUUCCAGUUUGUUUAACGAGAUACUAUUUUUUUUCAAAACAGUAUUUAGCAACUGUCAAAGCUCUAGGAAAAUCGUUAAAGCCGUUUUCGAGAUCCAUGUGCACUCAUCCACCCAGUUUAGUUAGUUCACAUACCCUCCCAGUUUCCAAUAGGGUACGAGUUAAUUGGAGAUAACGAGCAUUUAUAAUUUAUUGCAAAUCAUUUUAUUUGAGAAUUUGUUUUAAAUUUCUAAAAUGUGUACACUGAUUUGUGUUCAAAAUAAAUAACAAUAUUUAUGUUUAUAAAAUACUAGCCAUAUUAACCGCGACCUGCUGGUCUUAAUUUGCGUAUCACUGUCGAUAUAUUCACUGAAAUUUUUUUU